CCCCGGCUGGUCGCCAUAUUGUUCCCUCAGCCUGGUUCGCCAGCAGUAGGAGCUCGAGCUGGGUAUUCCUGUCGUCGCCGUCAGGCCUCUGGCCCUCUUUUUUCACGCAUUGUUCCUAGCCCGGCUGGCCAGCAGUUCUCGCGGGAUCCUCGGUGUGACUGCAAAGGGCUGGAGACGAAUAUUAGGGCCUUGUGUUUGCUAAACAGGCACUCUGUCCCGGAACUAGAUCCCCAGCCCCUCAGCCAGGGACUUCCUAAGAAGCCUGCUUUUAGUUUCUGUUUUCGAGACUUAUGGUGAACUGUAUGCUACGGGGUGGAGGUAGAGGAAUGCUGAAUUUCACAUCUGAAAAUGAUUGCCAGCACAUGCAGUCUAACAAAAGGGCCUUGUGUGCCUGAAUGCUCUCACAUGAGAACUGAGAAGAAGCCAUUGAAUUGGCUAGUAAGCAUUCUCUGAUGACUUUUGCUGACCUGCCAGGGAAUGGAAAUGUGUCACUCACUGGAGAGAAAGUUCCUACACUUGAAUGAGCCUGGCCGUGUGGUGAAACACUUGUGUGCAGGCAUCUGAGUAGAUCUUGGAGGUAAUGAUGCUUAAACUGAACUAAUAAGGGUUCUAAAGUUGAAAUUCAUAUAAUUAAUAAUGGCUGGGAAAUCUUCGCUUUUUAAAGUCAUUCUUCUUGGAGAUGGUGGAGUUGGCAAGAGUUCUCUUAUGAACAGAUAUGUAACCAAUAAGUUUGAUGCCCAGCUGUUCCAUACAAUAGGUGUGGAAUUUUUAAAUAAAGAUUUGGAAGUGGAUGGACAUUUUGUUACCAUGCAGAUUUGGGACACAGCUGGUCAAGAACGAUUCCGAAGCCUGAGGACACCAUUUUAUAGAGGUUCUGACUGUUGCCUGCUUACUUUUAGUGUUGAUGAUUCACAGAGCUUCCAGAAUUUGAGCAACUGGAAGAAAGAAUUCAUUUAUUAUGCAGAUGUGAAAGAGCCUGAAACCUUUCCUUUUGUGAUUCUGGGCAACAAGGUCGAUAGAAAUGAUCGGCAGGUGUCCACAGAAGAAGCCCAGGCCUGGUGCCGGGACAACGGCGACUAUCCUUACUUUGAAACGAGUGCAAAAGAUGCCACCAAUGUUUCAGCAGCGUUUGAGGAGGCAGUUCGAAGAGUGCUGGCUAUUGAAGAUAGGUCAGAUCCCCUCAUUCAGACAGACACGGUCAAUCUGUACCGAAAGCCCAAGCCAAGCUCCUCUUGCUGUUGAUCGUUAAGAUGGUUGUUGCCUGCAUUCUAACAAACUCACACACGAGGGUGGACGAGAGAAUUAGUGUUUGCAGCAGUGUUCAUGUACUAAUAAAAUUCAACUAACGCAUCUUGCUGCCUCAUUAGCUGGUGGGAGAAGGGACACAUUCACUCUGGAGAAAUCUAUUUACUCAGUAAUGACACUUUACAUUUAUAAAUUGUAACGGUUGUCUAAUAAUGUUUCUUUAAUUUAAAAUGAUAGCACUAAUAAGAUGACCAAGAAUUUAAUUGUAAUUCAUACAAAAAACUUGGACCAUUCUAGAAGUUACACUUGGAAUGUUUUUCCCAUGCCCAAUGGGAAAAUGAAGAAUUACUUUUAUAUGUGUAUAUUUUUAUGUAAUUAGCAUUCUAUUCUUGGUUUAGGGAAAUAAAUUCCUACAGCAUUAAGAUUAAAGAUUAAAUCUAAUGCAUCUAUUUGCAUUGCAGUGCUUUUUGAGUUGAUCACCUCAUCUCCAAAAUGUUUUAACCUUUUUUAUUCAUUCUGCAUAUUAAACUAUCUCACAUUUG